UUCCCCUGGUAGAAGCACCUUGUGGAGUCUGACGCAAUGCGUCGCAGCAGCUCCAAGAGCGGAGUUGUAGUGGCUCCUGUGACAGGAGGUCCCGAUGCUUGUCAGAUGCUCACCAGAGCCCAGCUGGGUCAGGACCCCCCACAAAGAACAGUGCUAGGGGUGCUAACUGAAAAUGGACAGUUCAGGAAGACCUGUGGCCAGGGGAUCACAGCAAUAAAGUGUUUUUCUGGAUCUGAAAAUGCCUUCCCUCCAGCUGGAAAGAAAGCACCAUCUGAUUCUGGGGUCCAUGAACCCCCCAAGCAAGCGUUUGACAUCUACAUGGAUGAACCUGAGCAGGGGGACAGAGAGAGCGGCUUAGGCAGAGAGGGGAUGGCGUUUGAGGAUGUAUAUGAAGUAGAUGCCAGCACACUCAAGUCAGACCUCCACUUCCUGCUGGAUUUCAGCUCAGUUUCCCCUAUGCUGGUAGAUUCAUCUCUCCAUUCCCAGUCUGAAGAUGCAUCAGAUUUUGGCACAGAUGUGAUAAAUGUGACUGAAUAUGCUGAAGAAAUUCAUCAGUACCUUAGAGAAGCUGAAAUGAGGUACAGACCCAAAGCUCACUACAUGAGAAAGCAGCCAGACAUCACAGAGAGCAUGCGUACAAUUCUGGUGGACUGGCUGGUGGAGGUUGGUGAAGAGUAUAAGCUUCGCGCAGAGACUCUGUAUCUGGCUGUCAACUUCUUGGACAGAUUCCUUUCAUGUAUGUCUGUUCUGAGAGGCAAAUUGCAGCUUGUAGGAACAGCAGCUAUUCUUUUGGCUUCGAAAUAUGAAGAGAUAUAUCCACCUGAAGUAGAUGAGUUUGUCUAUAUAACUGAUGAUACAUACACUAAACGGCAGCUGUUGAGAAUGGAACACCUGCUCCUGAAAGUCCUCGCUUUCGAUCUAACAGUGCCAACCACCAACCAGUUUCUCCUUCAGUACUUGCGGCGGCAGGGAGUGUGUGUCAGAACUGAGAACCUGGCCAAGUACGUAGCAGAAUUGAGUCUACUUGAAGCUGACCCAUUCUUGAAAUACCUUCCUUCAUUGACAGCUGCAGCAGCUUACUGCCUGGCAAACUAUACUGUGAAUAGGCACUUCUGGCCAGAAACUCUUGCUGCAUUUACAGGCUAUUCAUUAAGCGAAAUUGUGCCUUGCCUGAGUGAGCUACAUAAGGCAUGCCUUGAUAUGCCCCAUCGACCUCAGCAGGCCAUUAGGGAGAAGUAUAAGGCUUCAAAGUACCUGCAUGUGUCUCUCAUGGAACCACCUGCAGUUCUUCCUCUACAAUAAGUUGCAGAACUGAAGCACUUCCAGAACUUACAUCCCUACCGACAGAAUCACUCUUAAUAGUCAUAGGUUCCUGCAGGUUGCGUCAGCUAAGGUUGCUAAAAUAUAGAUGACUUUUUUUUAACGUAGAUGUGUUUAGGUUUUCUUAGACUUUAGUAGCUUGUAAUAUAGUCUAACAUUUUUUUUAAAGAAUAAACACCUUGCCUCAUGAC